AUGAAAAAUCCCCCAUCGUACGUAAACCUAAAAAUCAGUAUUCGUUACCAGUAAUCUGUUAUGUUUACCCAUUAUUAGCAUGGAAAGUACGAGCGGACAGUGGAAUACUUGAAUAUACUAUGUAACAAACAAUGCCGGAUGCGAAUUCUUCAAUGGCAGUAGUUCCUGUUGAUGAGAUUAGACCACUGUUGAUUAAACGACGUAGUUGUGAAUUGGUCAAGACACCUGCACCAUGCGUUAACAAAGCCCUUUUUCAUCUUGGAAGAUUGAAGGAACUUUUGAGAGUGGCACUUGAAAAUCCAACACAGAUUGAACAUGGGAGAUUAACUGAAUUAGAAGCUCAAAAACUUUUUGACAACCAUCCCAAAGGCUGGAAACAUUUGAGGUUUGAUGUUCCACGUCGAAAAGAAAGCAACACUUCAUCAUCAUAUUCAUUUGAAAGUAGUGAGGAUUUUGUGAAAGAUGAACCUCUGCUCACAAUCACUGGUAUUGGAGGACAAAUCAAAGAUGAUGAGAGAGGUGAUGCUGAUCGAAUUGUUCAUGUUAGUCAAUUAGAAAAGAAAAAUCAGCUUCCUCCUCAAGAAGUAUUUAGUCAGGUUAGAGAAUUGAUUGUAAGACUUGAAGAAGAUCGUCGGUUGACAGAACUUGCACUUGGAGUCGAAGAUGGAAAAGUUAAUUCUCUCAGUGAAAAAAUUGACAGAAUGUGUCAGAAGAGAUUGUUGCAACUUCCACUUGCAGUACAAAAAGAACACGAUGCAUGUGCGGCCGAUAUCAGUGAAUUGCAGUGGCAUGUUGGAUACAUGGAACGUCAGUUAGAAAGAUGUCGACAGAGAGUGCAAGUAGCCGAAGUUCUCAACAAUCGAUUAAAAGAUGACAUUGCUUUUGUCAAGAAGCAUUGCCCCCUCGUUGAAGAAAAACUUAUUUUGGAGAAGGAUGCUAUGCAAAAGAUUAAGAAAAUGCAAAAACAAACAGACAACGAAUUAUCAGAUGCAAGAAUAGAACUAGACAAAGCUGAAGCAAAAUAUCAAGAAGCUUCUGAGAAAGCAGAAAAUGAAAGAUUAACUACUCAGAAAAAAUUGGAAGGAAUUAGAGGACAACUGAGAUUGCUAAAAAAAGACCUUCAACAUUCUGAAGCAUUACAUGCAGCUUAUUUAAAGAAAGCAGAACAAAGUCGACAAAAACUAGCUGAUCAGGAAGAAGAACUCAUUAAUCUACAAAAAAGAGCAGAGGAAGCAAAAGAUGAAGAACAGGCAGAAAUUUAUAAAAUUGAAGAUUUGCGACAACAAAUAAAAGAAGUUGAAUUUGAAACUGGUGAAGUUAACAAACAAAAAGCUGGAGUGGAGAAUGAAAUUGAAAAUUUGAAUGAUACGAUGAAAGAAAAGAUUGGGGCAUUGGAAACAAAAUAUCACAACAGUUUACGAACUUUACGUAAACUACAAGAAGAUAAUCGAGAUAUGAAACUCGAUAUUGAAGAUAUGAAUGAGGAAAUUAAAACUUGUGAUAAAAGUAUCUCAAAAUGUGAAAGAGAAGUCGAAAGAUAUAAAAAAGAGAGAGAAAGAUGUGAUUCACAAUUAAAAGAAGCAAGUACAGAAGUAUCAAGAGUCACUGUGAUUAAUAACGAACUCAAAAUUCAACUUCAAAAAGAAGAAACCAAGUCUCAAGCAAUGGAAGAUGCAUUAAAGACGCAAGCUGAAAGUCUUCGUAAGCGAGUUAUUGAGGAAAUGAGACAAAGAACAGUUCUUGAAACAAAGAAACAGAAUAACAGUCAAGCAUUGUUGAAAGGAAAAGCCGAAAAUAAAAAGAAGAGAGCUAAAGUUGCGAAAACUCUCCAAGAUACGGAAUCCUCGGUUGCUAAGAUACAAGAAGAUGUCGAUAAAUUGAAGAAACAACAUGACAGCACAACUCAGGAAGUCAAUGAAUUGGAAGCCAAACUUGCUCAAGUUAGAUCAGAACAUGAAAAAGAAGAAAAUAUAUUAACAAAGGAGAGAGAUGUUCUUGCCCCACAGGAAAAAGAUUUAUUAGCGACUCAAUUGUCUUUACAAAGCAAAAUCAAAGAAAUGGAAUUUGAAGAAGAACAGAUGAGACAGAAAUUGAAAGAUAUGAAAGUUUCUAAGAAUGCAAUGAAGAAACGAAUUGCAACUACAGAAGAAAAUAUUGCUAAUAUUACAGAUGAUUUGGAAGAAGUUAGUCUACGUCUUGAAUCCAGUAAAAAAAAAAAUUCUGAAUUACAAAAACAAUUGGAUGAGGCAUCAGGUCGUUUAGCUGAGAGAAAGAAGGAUCAUCAUGAAAUGAUGGACAGUAGAUUGCAAAUUAAAGUCAAAUUAGAAACCAACAUUCAUGAUGAGUUGGACAGAAAUAAAGAACUUGCACAAGACUACAGGGAUCUGCAAAGUGAAUACAUUGACUUAAAAAACAGGUUGAUGUCACUUUAUGACAACAAAGUGAAAUUAGAAGCCAGCAUCAAAGAUCAUAAACAGUUACUCGCUUUGCAAGAAAAAUUCAAUGUUGCUUUGAAACAAUAUUAUCACGAUCGUGGUGAAUUUAACAAAGCAGGACUACACAAGUUUCAUUCAGAGGCAGAGGACAAUUCUAAUGCCAUGGUCAAGAUUCAGACUGGAUUGCAGAAGACAAUAACAAAUAUUUCAAAGUUUCUUAAAUCACAAAUCGAUGGAGGAGCAGCCAAUGAGGUUCAAGAAGCUGCAAUGAAACAUCUACUGACUGAUGAUAGUCUCAUAACAGCUUGAAUAGUAUUUUUUACUUUGAGCCAUCAGACUAGAAAACAAUUAAAUUUCUGUUGCUGGUUUUUCAUUAUAUUUCGUAUGAAAUUUCAUUUACCAAUUUUCAGUUUUCUUAUUAUCAAAGUAUCGCAUGUCAAAUUUUUUUUAAUAAAAUUCUUAUUCUU